AUGGAUAAGUUCGUUAUAAGACAUAGGCCAGUUACACCUGUCGAGGUUGAGGAGAGUAGCAGCAGCAGUGGCAGCCCCAGCAGUGAAACCAAUGUCACCGUACCUGGUUAUCAAGGAAAUCUACAAGCUGCAAUAUCUCACAGCGCUUCAUUGGCUGCCUGGGAAAGAUUUGGUAUGGAAUUUAGCUUGACUUUUGUCGUUGUACUCACUUAUUUUGUUUCAACCGACCCCAUGAAACGCUUCAUUGGCAAUUCGGCCAUCUCAGUGGGAUCUGCGUAUAGUGCAUGCAGUUUUGUUUCUAUGCCAUAUUUAAACCCUGCUCGUUCGUUGGGUCCAUCUUUUGUUUUAAAUAAAUGGGAUAAUCACUGGGUUUACUGGUUCGGUCCGCUUGUCGGCGGUAUUUCAUCAGGUUUGCUUUAUGAGUAUGUCUUCAGUUUGCGUCGAAAUUCACGAGCACAUAAAUCAAAUGUAGAUAGUGACUCAUUCUCUAUUCAUUCCGAGGACGAUAUGAACUAUGAUGUGGAUGUUGAAAAGCCCCACAUGCCUGCUAAAUAUUCACAUGGCACAUACCUCCGCGGUCAAACAAAUACCAAAUCAACAAUCGCAAGCAACGCUGGCACCAUUCCUACUGGUGGUAACUACUGUCAGAACUUAUAUACAGCCCCUCCACUAAAUAAACUCGACCAACCAGAACCAUUAUACGGAGGUACUCGCUCCCUAUAUUGCCGGUCACCUACGCUUACCCGCACCAAUUUAAAUCGCUCACAGUCAGUUUAUGCAAAGAGUAACGCAGCAAUAAAUCGCGAUAUCGUUCCUCGUCCAGGUCCCUUAGUACCGGCUCAAAGCUUGUACGGCAUGCGAGGGACACAAGCGCAAACACAGGCUCAAUCAUCUAAUCUGCAAAAUCAAAACGUACAGAAUCAGUUGCAGCAGCGUUCAGAGAGCAUUUACGGCAUAAGGGGAUCAACGAGACAAUCACAGCAACAACAACAACAUUCGCAACAACAACCUCAUCACCACCAUCAACAGCAGCAACAGCAACAACUUCAUCAACAUCAACCUGCACAGCAACCUACUCAUCAUCGACUGCAGCCCACUAGUCAGGAAGGCCAACAAGGCUUUCAGCCCGUAUACGGAACUCGUCACAAUCCUAAUCCACACGAUGGUAAUCUCAAAUAUGAUCGUCGACCAGAAUCGGCAUACGGCAUGACAAUGCACCGUAAUCGUGGCCAAUCGGCGCAGUCGGAUGACAGCUCCUACGGAUCCUACCACGGAUCAGCAGUCACACCUCCUGCCCGUAACCAAACCGGCGGCGAACCGAUACUUAUGUACGCACCACCACCACCAAUUCCAUCAAAUCAUUCCCAAGUUGGUGCGCCACCCAUGCGCACGCAGUCAGAGCGCAAAGUAACUGCACCAGUUGUGGUGUCACAGCCGCCACAGAUCACAACCGGUAUGGUCACAUACUCGACGAGUUCGAAUCAAUCCCUGCUAUCAGCAACCCCGGCCCAACAGACAUCACAACAGCAGUCACAGCAACAGCAGCAGCAGCAACAAUCGCAACAACAACAACAGAUUUUAGUACAACAACAUCAAACAUCUCAACAGCCAUACUAUGGCAUGUUACCGAUGCGAAGCAAUUGAAGAUGGCGCUGAUGGUGCCCGUGAAUACCGAGUGAUUGUCUGAACGAAAGUUUAUAAACCAAAAAACGCUUUCCGAACAUUAAAAUAAAUCAAAACGUCUGUAUACUUUUAUGUACAUAAAUUGUAAAGAGAAAAUUAGCAAGGCAAAGAAUUAUUUAUGUAUUCGACAUAACGCAUCAUUUCAUGAACUGAUCUAGAUUUGAUUAUAAAGGCAACGAACUGAUGAUAUACAUAUACACAAAAAAGCCAAUACGUACAAACUUGAGCUAUUAAAAUUUGUUUAAGUGGUCUUCCUUCAUGAUACCAAAAUUUUUAUGUUCCACCUCUCGAUACGAAUGUCUUUCGGCUAAAAUUACCAUUUUCAUUGCAGUUUUAUGACAACCCAUGAAACAAACUAUUAAAUACUGGGAUUAACGAAAAGAAAUCGGUCUAAACUCGUAUUGAUACCAACUUCUGGAUGGGUUGACGACUCCCAUUUCGCAUUGAUUCGUCGUAGAGUUAAGAUGGAAGUCGGAAUUAAAUUUUAUUCAUUCUAAAGUUUUUGUUCACUCUAUAAAAUCACACUCGAAAUUGUUUUUGUGUGGUAAGCCGUUUAUUAUGUUUUUAUGUUCACCUUAUAUGCGUAAUUAAGGAAUCCAAGCAAUUAAGCUCAAUUUACCAUACAAAAACUGGAUUAUUUAAUUGUGCAAUUAACACCUAAUUACAUCUAAAUGGAGUCAGAUUUGCCAGGCAUAUUCAGUGAGAAAAGAAAAGUAUGUUCAAAUAGAAAACCAAAUUUCAUGAAAAUAGAGAA